AUGGCGGCGGCGGCGGCGGCGGCGGGUGCGGCGGGGGCCGGUCCGGGCCCCGGGGACGAGCUGGUGCAGGACGUGGUUCCGUACCGGCGCCGCUCUCGGCUGCUGUGGGGGACGGUGCUGCCCUUCUGCGUGCUCUACCCGCUCUGGCUGUGGUUCUGGGGGCGCAGCGCCCGCGACUGGGCCUGGGGCGCCGCCGCCGAGGCGCCCGAAGCCGCGCUGCUCUACCUGGCCGCCAUCGGCGCCGCCCACCUGCUCACCGCCCUGGCCGGCCUCUGGAGCGUCCACGUCCACUGCCUGCUCUACUGCUGCGCGGUGAGUCGGGCCUCCUGAGGGCCCGGGAAGCCCUUGCGGAGGGACUGGGGGGGGGGAGGGGCUGUUCAUGUGACCAGUUGGAAGUCCUCUUCACGCACGUUUCAUUUUACCAGAACAGAAUCUGUGUUUGGAGACUCUGCUGUAAAUUUAAGCUAGGGCUGGCAGCUGCCUAAUUUUAAAGUGGUUGGUUGGUCUAAAAACCUGCCCUUUGUUAUACUGCCAUACAUGGUGGAUUGUGCUUAUUCCAGGUCAUUGUAGGGAUGUCUUGAAAGCAACAAUUUCCUACAUGAGUAUCCCUGUUGCACAGAAAAUUUGUAAUCGAACCUGUUUUGCAGGAAAAAUAUUUGUGCUUGCAAAAUUGGCUGCAUGACAAAAUAGACCAUUAAUUUAAUUGGUGUGUGAUUAUUUGGACAGUCAAGGCCACUUUCAGUUUUUCACCAUGACAAAAACUUCAUGCAUGAUUAAAUACAUGUAACAUGGUGAUGUACAUGUUUCCAACAUACAUCUACCCUGCAUGAAAGUUGGAUCCACAUGUGUUACUGUCACAGUUGAGGUACUCAGACAGCUGGAGCACAGGAUGUUCCCUUAUUUCAAAACUUGCAGUUUGAUAUGCAGGCUUUGGAGUGGCGUGUAUUUCUCUGUGAAUUGUUAAGUCUGGCUGAUUUCAAAGGUGGGCAAUAGCAAAUAAGUAAAUGGAUAAUGAUCCACUCUGAAUAUUUUUGCUGCCCUGAAGUUUUUAUGAAGUGGCCAGGCUUUCUCCUUGCAAUGGCACACUGGUUUCUGGGCAGUGGUGACACUUCUAGGAUUGUCCUGUGUCUGUCACCAGUAGGGCAAGCUGCAUCAGGAUAUUCUGUAUCCACUUCCUCAAGAAUCAAUGUUGGUUGGGACUUGCUUGAUUUGAGUACCACAGACUGAGACCAACAACAGCCUCUGUCAGCCAUACCAGUAUGUCUCAGUUAGGAUGCUGGUGACGAAGAAGAAAAUCAAAAUACUUAUCCUUUUUUAUUUCAUAUUUUUAAGCUGGGAGACAAAGCUGUAAAUAACUUUUUGCUGCUUGUGGUAUUGUUGGGCACAGCGUCAAAACUUUGUUGGAAGGGUGGUAAUCUGGUGAACUUUGCUCAGUCGUCUCUUUCCAAGGCCUUGAAAGUGGCAGGCCGUCAGGUUCUCACAGCUACAUUUAACCCCUGCUAAGUUUGCUUUCUUUAAACCACUGGGCUUCCUCAUUUCUCUAAAAUGCAAGAAAAUGUUUUGGGGUUGUUGCUUUUUUGGGGGGCUAUUUUUAGAUUCCUAAACUUUAAUUGCAUAAGCUUCAUUUCCUUUGCUCCCUUUCAAGCAAGUAAUAAGCAUAGUUCAGGGGGAGCACAUGAUCUGCAUGCAGAAGGUCCCAGGUUCAACUCCCAGUUAAAGGAUUGCAGGUAGCAGUGCUAAGUGAGAGCUCUUCCUGAAACUGUUGAGGGGUACUACUGCCAGUCAGAGUAGACAGUACUGUGGGCUAGAUGGACCAGCGGUCUGACAGCAGUAUAAGGAAGUUUCUUACAUACAAAAAUAAUCUUCUCUUCCUGCUACACAAAAGACAAGUGUAUGUAAAAUUUAGGGGCUGGACUAUAAAUCUAAGCUGCUGUCAUAACUAAACUUACUGAAAAGUAAAUCCCAAUGUAGCUGGAGGAUCUUUCUUACCUCUGAGCAAAUAUGGUUAGAACGUGGCAAGCAGUGGCUUGGAUCCUAAGGUCAGGUGACUUAAGGAAGCUUGGGGAAGAAGAGUUUUCCAUACCCUCUGCCCAGUUUUUGGUGAUUUCAUGCCCCAUCCCUCCUGAUUCUAUGGAGAGACUCCCACAGAGAGAAUCCAAGCCAUUAGGUGUAGAAUUCUUUAUGACACUAAGCACAAGCCCCAAUGUCAAUAUGGAAGACACUAGCUUGAUUCAAGCUUUCUACUUCUGUGUUUAAUCAUCACAUGACAGGGAAGGGGGAAGCAAAGGUGUGUGUGUGUGUAUCUUUGUUUUAGAGCAGCGGUUCUCAACCUGUGGGUCGCGACCCCUUUGGGGGGUUGAACAACCCUUUCACAGGGGUUACCUAAGACCAGAGGUCAGCAAGCUUUUGGGGGGUGGGCUCCUCCGCUGAUGACAGCCUCUGCCUCUCGCAGGGGCAGGCACAGGAGCCGCGCUUAGCAGGGUGGCGGCGGCAGCACGAGCAGCGGCAGCAAACAGCUUGCUCAGAUGAGGGACUGCUGGAAAUGCGCUCGGCCAGCUCAGCCCAGCCCUCUUCCUCCUCUCAGCCACACGCAGCCACCGCUCGCCCAUUGGCCAGGGCCUCAAACCUUGGCUGGCGAUUUGCUACACUGGGAGGAGGGGGAGGUUCCACCGCGGUGAGGGAGAGAGGGGGAAAUGUCAGCGGGGAAAAGCGUCAUAAAUUCUGUCAAUUUUGUAAAGGCGAGCACUUUACGACUGUUUUCGCAACUGCAACGAGUUGGAUGCGCUGAACAAUGCUCUGCUAUUUCACACUGAAGUGAGAUGGUUGUCUAGAGGAAAAGUUUUAAAAUGUGUUUUUGAGUUUCGUGAUGAACUCAAAACCUUUUUUAAUCAGAAAGCAAGACCGCAGUUUGAAGCACUUUUCAGCAAUAAAAGUGAACUGCAGAAAAUAGCUUACUUGGUUGACAUCUUUGCCAUCUUGAAUGGUUAAAUUUAUCACUGCAAGGGGACGCGGUGGCGCUGUGGGUAAAACCACAGUGCCUAGGACUUGCCGAUCACAUGGUUGGCGGUUUGAAUCCCCGCGGCGGGGUUAGCUCCCGUCUUUCGGUCCCAGCUCCUGCCCACCUAGCAGUUCGAAAGCACCCCUAAGUGCAAGUAGAUAAGUAGAUACCGCCUUAUAGCGGGAAGGUAAACAGCGUUUCCGUGCGCUGCACUGGUGCUGGCUCGCCAGAGCAGCUUCGUCACGCUGGCCACAUGACCCGGAAGUGUCUCCGGACAGCGCUGGCCCCCGGCCUCUUAAGUGAGAUGGGCGCACAACCCUAGAGUCGGACACGACUGGCUCGUAUGGGCAGGGGUACCUUUACCUUUUAUCACUGCAAGGACCAAAUGCAACAUGCUUCGAUUUGUCUGAAAAGAUUUGAUCAUUCCAAAUGAAACUUCAGCUUUGGCAAAAAAAAAUUGGAUCAAAAUACAGUGGUACCUCGGGUUAAGUACUUAAUUUGUUCCGGAUGUCGGUACUUAACCUGAAACUGUUCUUAACCUGAAGCACCACUUUAGCUAAUGGGGUCUCCCGCUGCCACCGCGCCGCCGGAACACGAUUUCUGUUCUCAUCCUGAAGCAAAGUUCUUAACCUGAAGCACAAUUUCUGGGUUAGCGGAGUCUGUAACCUGAAGCGUAUGUAACUUGAAGCGUAUGUAACCCGAGGUACCACUGUAAAAUUUAGGUGUUACCUACCUUAUGUGCUUUCUUUGAGGAACAUGACAUUGAACCAGACAAAAGGAUUGCGAUUAUAAUUUCUGUGAAAGAACACUUGCACAUGCUUGCAGACGAAAUUUCAUCAUACUUUCCAAAUCUACCUGACACCCCAUUUGCACUUGCCAGAAGCCCAUUCACAGUCAAAGUUGAAGAUGUUCCUGAGACAGCACAAGAGGAGUUCAUUGAAUUUAUUAACAGUGAUGCAGCGAGAACUGAUUUCUCUACAAGGCCAGUUACAAAAUUCUGGAUCAAGUGUUUGCACUCAUAUCCUGUUCUGUCUGAGAAUGUGUUGUGCCUUCUUCUUCCAUUUCCAACAACAUAUCUUUGUGAAACAGAGUUUUCCAGCUUGUUGGUUAUCAAGUCUACAGAAGUAGACUUGUUGUAGAAGAUGAUCUUCGUUGUGCUCUUGCAAAGUCUGCCCCAAGAAUUUCUGAUCUGGAGCUUCCGGGUUAGCACCUCCGGCAAUGGCGGAUUUCCUCUGACCAGGAGGAAUCCGCUUCGUGAGAAUUAGGGUCUGGACCGCCGCGGCGAGGCGGAGACCCAUUAAAAACCACAGGCGGGAGAAGCCUGUGGACGUGGGAUUCGGCUGGCACCUUUUGCGCCUCCCCUACUCGCGGGGAAACCCGGUUUCGGGGAUCCGGAGCGACGUGGGGUGAAUGGCGCGGUGCUUUGAAUCGACUGCUUUUUUCACGGAGUGAAGCCGCAUUGCUGUUGCCGGAGAGCGCUGACUUUUUCCUGUGGAAAAUUGGAUUAUAAACAAUUACUCGUGAGUAAAUCGGAAAAUUGGAUUUUUAAAUACUUUAAUUUGGCACUGAAGCGGGAGGUCAUAAACAAGAAGUCCGCCUCCCGUUUUUGUAAAUAGACUGAAGCAAAGACGUUACAAGUUAAAGUCUUUGAAAGCUUUUGGCAAAGGAUUAAAUUUCCAUCGGUUUAAAAUACAAAACCCCCCUUGGAAGCAGGAGAAGAGGGGGAAAUCUAGUGAGCCUGCAGGAGAGAGUGAAAAAUCAAAUUACCACUGCUCUGAACCUGGGAAACGGGCUGCCAGAUGACGUUUGGAGAGAGUGCAAUUGACAGAACGGAUUUGACAGCUAGCUAAAUAAGAGCAAGAUACUGUUUCCAUUGUCCUUCUCUGAGUUUAAAAAAGAGGAAAAGUAACUGAAAUUUUAUCUUUAGUGUUUGAAUUUGUGCUUGAAAGAACUGAUACAAGUGGAGACUGUUUCCCUCUAGAGGGAGCUUUUGAAACUGUAACAGGACUGUAACUGGGGGAUUUCCAGCUGCAGAUAAGGAGUUUGAGAACCAGAGAGCGACCUUGGACUAUUUAAAAAUGUUGACAGGAGAGGCCAUUGUGACUGUUUUAUGUAAGAUAAGCUGUUCGCUGGGACAGCUUCAUAAGAAGAUGGAUGACAUGACUUUUAAAGUUGACAAUUUAGAACAGAAAGUGACUAAUUUGAGUCAAAAAGCGAACAUCAACACAGAAAUAAUUCAGGACUUGGUACAGGAAUCCAUUUUGGCAGGACAAAUGGUGGAGGAGAAGGAGAAUGCUGCUGUUGUUGAACAUAAAGUUGAACAUAAAGUAGUACAAGUGAGAUCUGUGGCUUCACAGAAGCAAAUUGAGGACUAUAAGUUGAGGCCUUUUAUGAUUGAAUCUAGGAAAAGUCAGACUCUGAGGAAUGGACCCCGGCUUGGACGAAAGAAGGAAAGUUGGAAAGAUCCCUCUAUACAGGGAUUAAUUGACUUUUGGGACAUGGACUCGGGCCUGGAGGAGAUUGAAGUUUUGGGGGCCUUUGGACUUGGAGGAAUCUUGAAAUAUGCCCUGAAAUACUUUACGGACUGUAGCUUUAACUAUGGAAAUUUGGCUGAUCUGUUCAGAAGGAAGAAAAGGAUUGACAGGUUGGAGUUUCCCCGAGAUUUGCUUUUUAGCUAUAAAGAAAAUGAAGAAGACCUGCAGAAGGGACUUGGAAAAGAGUUAAGAGCCUCGGACAUAAGAUCACCAGGUUGAUGGACUUUAUGGAAUUGAUGGAAAGGACUGGCAGAAUCCGAAACCAGGGAGAGGAGAUGGUGGAAGAAGAUUGGAAAAUUUAAAGUUUAUAUAUAGACUUAUGGUAAAACUAAUGAGUGAUAGAAAAUGGUGGAAUGAUUUUUUAUGGGCUUAGCAGAAAUGUUAUAAGGAGUUAAGUAUAUAUAAGUAUUUUAGUUUUAAUGGAAAAUAAGGUUAAAAAAUACGUUAUUUACAAUAUGAUAGAAAAUGGAGAAAGAUGGAGAGGAUUUGCUGAAACAAUUAAAUGAAGUGGAAUACAAAAAGGGAGGUGAGAGGAGGUCGAGGAAACAAGGGAAUGAAAGAGUACGGAAAAGAGAGGAUGCAUUUUUUUUGUUUUUUUUAAAUUGUUUUGUUUUAUUUAGGGUUAAGGUUAGGGAGUGGGGUUUGUUUAGUUUAGUGGGGUUUGUUUAGUUUAGUUUAAUGUGUUUAGUUUUUGAGUUUAGGUUGUGUUUUGCAUUGUUUAUAUAUUGUAUUGUAUUGGGUUUUUUUCUUUUUGUUUUCCUUCUUUGUCUUUUUUCCUGUUUUUUUCUUCUUCACUUUUUUCUCUUUUUGUAAUCUAUAAAAGUAAUAAACAUUAUUUUUUUUAAAAAAAAAAGAAUUUCUGAUCUGGUGAGAAAGAAGCAAUCUCAACCUUGACGCUGACUUUGGCUUUUUACGCAUACUGUCGCAAAAUGGAGCAAUGUAGUUUACUGUUGUUAUAUUAAGACUGUUACCCAUGCUACAGCAUGCUUCAUGACAAAAUUUCAUUUAUUUGUAAUUAGAAAUAAAUAUUUCGCAAUAUAUAAUUACAUAUUGUUUUUGUGAUUAAUCACUAUGCUUUAAUUAUGUUCAAUUUGUAACAAUGAAAAUACAUCCUGCCUAUCAGAUAUUUACAUUACGAUUCAUAACAGUAGCAAAAUUACAGUUAUGAAGUAGCAGCAAAAAUAGUUUUAUGGUUGGGGGUCACCACAACAUGAGGAACUGUAUUAAAGGGUCGCGGCAUUAGGAAGGUUGAGAACCACUGUUUUAGAGAAUACAGUGGAAGGGCACAGACAAUAUUUAUUUUAAAACUUACUUGUUAAAGCUCUUAAUAGUGAAUUAGUUUAAGUAACUGAUAGUUAUUUACCAUUAGUUGUUAAUGUUUUGCCACCUGUUAAUCAUACUCAAAAUUAGCUGCUUGAGGCAGCCACUGUAUUCUGUCUCAUAGUAGGGUCAGUCCUGUGCAAAAGGUUCAAAGGAACAGAGGCUAGUUGUGUAUCCAUCUCAGAUACUGACCUGGUUUGUACAUAAUGCUAAGCAGAUGUGAAUUUCCAGAGCAAAGAUCACAACCGCAAGCCUUGGUUUACUACUCUAGGAAAGACAAAUCAAAAGCUCAGAUUCAGAUGUAAUGCUAUGCCGGCUCUUUUGGUCCUAACUCUAAAGACUGUUUUCUUCCCUAAUUGUGUGUCUUUCAGGUGCGCAGUCCAAGGAAAGCCACAUUGGCUAAAGUUGUGCCAACCCCCAAUAAUGGUUCUGCAGAAUUGGUGCCCAUCCAUCGAGACCAGGUAAGAAAUUCAUGGCUGUGGUUCAAAGCAGCUCCCCCAUGUGGAACCUUCUGUUAUCCCAUUUCUGUUUGCCAGCUGGAUACAGACUACGCUAGUCAUGACUUGACUUGUUGCUUCAGUGGGACUUUUGACUAAGUCUGGAUCUGGCCUAUUGAUUUGGCACCUUGUAGACUUGGCAGCCAAAUAAAGGUAGGAAGCAUGCAGGCAGCGCAUGUUCGAGAGGGUGGGUUAAAUUGAUUUGUGUCUCUUGUCUACUUCAGACAUUUUUUUGCAUAUUAUGACUUUCAGCUUUGGAGGUGUCCUUUUAUUGUGGUGCUUUAUUGAUGCUUGGGUUUACUUUGCUCAGUUUGGAACACAGGAAACUGCCUUAUUCUGAGUUGGGCUACUGGUUCAUUUAGCUCAGUAUUGUUGAUAUUGAUUGGCAGCUGCUCUCCGGGGUAUCAGACAGGAUCCUGUCCCAGCCCUACCUGGAGAUGCCAGGGAUAGGAUCUGGGACCUUCUGCAUGCCAAGCAACCACUUUGCCACUGAGCUUCGGCCCUUCCCUGUUGGGGUGGAGGGGCUGGUGAUUGCGCCUACCUUGCGGCAGGGAGUCCUUUUAAACAUGACAGUGGAAGUGUCUAAAAUCUUAACUUGCUAAGCUGGCCUCUUGCAUGUGGAAACCUGUUUGCUGUAACUUUCUUUAUUUCUUCUAGGGGGAGGAUGGACAGGAGGUCCUUUCCUUCGAAUUUCAGAAAAUCAAAUAUUUCUACGAGCUAAAUGAGAGGAAAAAAUUCCUUCCUGUGCUAUUCCCUGUGGAACAUCCAUUGCAAUUUUAUCAGAAUGCACGUGGCUAUCAGGAAGACAAGGAGAUCAAAGCAGCAGAGAAGACCUAUGGCACCAACAAGUAAGUGGGGCAAACUUGGAUCCAGCUGCUUUGGGGUAACAUUUAUGGUGGGCAUUUCCAGGAAUUGGAGCACUCAGACUUUUGCCCACAGGAUGCCUGAAUUAAUGACUAGUUAACUUACAACUAUUAGUUGGCAGUACUUUGAAUCCAGCAUGUGGGUAACAUAGUAUGAGUUAAGGGUUCUCUGGGGGAUACUCUAGCAAAAAAUAACUGCUGACAAAACAUAGUGCUUAGUGUGAUGCGCUGUGCUCAGUGUGGGUCAAGCCACCUGUGGGUAGGUAGGUGUUGGCAGCAUCCACCUGCCUUGAGAGACAAUGGAGUGUGCAUCUGGAGGUGAAGUCAAACUGCCGCAUUACCAGUGCCGAAGUGGCCUCCCAGGGUAUGAGCCUCGGCAGUGUGUAUAGCAGUCCUGGACUGCCCAGACCACAAGACACACACCUGCCUGCCUCCCUGGUGUGGUCCAAAGGAAAGCAGAGCAAUGGAUGGGUAGUACUAUCAGGUUAAUGAGUAACUAUAGGAAGAAUUUUACAGAAAUAGUUUUUCAUUUCUGUGUAACUAUUUUUUACAGUUUACUACCUGGUGAUUUUGUCCUUCCACGGGCGAGCAAUUUUAUUCUGAUUUGGCUCCUGAGUAUGCAGUUGUAUGCAUCAAUGGGGCUUACUUCUAAGUAGAUAUGGGUAGAGGAAAGCAUAAAUCUCCAGACCUUUAUGAAUAAAGUUAGGGGUUCUUUGGUCAUUGUUCUACAACUUUUGUGCCCGUGUUGCCUGCACAUUGCUCAUUAAUGGAAGCUGAAAACUCAUAGAGCACGUCUAGAAUAUCCCCUACUAGAUCUGUCCUGAGUCCUGGGCUGAGCACUGCAGUCUUUCCACAUGCAUUUAGGGGUAGGAAUAGUAGAGCAAACAGCCCCUCCCUUUUUACAGUCAUCACCUGAACUCAAGCCCUGGCCCUAAUCUCUCUGGUACCUCUCUUAGCCCUUAACUGAAGGGCCUCCAGGAUUGAGCCAGCAAGUGGAGGCAAGGAAGAUUAACCUACUCAACACCUUCCUCUCUUCUUCACAGUUGAAAUACAACUUCCUAGCUCUAAUCCCUUGUUCUGGCUUCCAUCCCAGAAGGAUGCUGUCUGCAACAAGGAACACAAUUAAGACUCAACACAUGCAUCAGAUUGCACACAUUUUUCAUGGCCUCUCCUUUCACUCACAUUCUAGCCAUCACCUCCCCAGCUCCUAUUUAUUCUUGGGUAAUUAUGGUGGGGAGAGAAUUCUUUUCUUCUCCCAUCGUCCACCCACCUAAGCUUCUCAGUCUUAAACUCUUAGUGUUUUGAGGCAAAGUUAUGUAGUCUUCAAAGUGAUAGAUCAACCACGGAAGAUGCAGGCAUCUACUGCAAUUGUGUCUGAAGGAACAGAAUACCCCCUUGAAUAAUGCAACUUUGUCUUAAAGGCCUGAUAAAAUUUUAGGGCCUGUAAGAUGACAGCAGAACUAUCAGGAAAGGUGGGCAACACAAUGAAAACUCAAGUCAGUAGCUGCAGCUUCUCUAACAGUAUCUGGAAGAACAAGCAAAUGAUGUAAUAAUCAUGUCAACCAGUAAGAGAGAGUUUUCACUCUCCAGUUUUCAGCCAAAUGUUAGAGGUUCACUUUCAUAAAAAUGGCAAUGGCUGCAAUGGUAAUUCUUGUUCCUCUAGUUAUUAAAUAUACACUGUUGAAGUAACUCUAGGACAGACAAUGGAAUACAAGAUUUUGAAACCUUCCUCAUAAGCCCUUUUUUAUGAAGAGCUUUGCCUGAGGGAUUGCUGCCCGUCAACUUCUCAGAACAAGCACUUUUGCAAUGUCUUAGAGCAUCCGGCUUUGUUUCCACUUGGAAGCAGAGCCGGAUGCUCUAAGACGUUGCAGAAGUGCUUCCAAGUGGAAACAGAGCAAGCAGAAAGAUGGUGAGGUGUCUCAUGUGGGGUUGGGGUGUGUGUGUGUAAUCAAACCUCCAGGGUUUUAGGGGUUGCAAGCAGGACGGAAUGUCACAACACAAUGCCAAAAUAAAUCAGGGUUCUGUUUUUCACACAGGGCAGAGAUGGUUGUGCCAGAAUUCCUUGAACUCUUCAAAGAAAGAGCCACUGCCCCUUUCUUCGUCUUUCAGGUAAUCAAAAAGGAUCCGCAGCAUCAGCCUCUUUUUGAGUUUCUGUUCCUUAAACCCAGAAUUCCACAGGCAAAAUCUCUCACGUAUAUUUAAAAAUUGACACCUUCUAUUGUACAGUGGUGUCUCGGGUUAAGUACUUAAUUCGUUCCGGAGGUCCGUUCUUAACCUGAAACUGUUCUUAACCUGAAGCACCACUUUAGCCAAUGGGGCCUCCUCCUGCUGCAGCUGCUGCGCCGCCGGAGCACGAUUUCUGUUCUCAUCCUGAAGCAAAGUUCUUAACCUGAGGUACUAUUUCUGGGUUAGCGGAGUCUGUAACCUGAAGCGUAUGUAACGUGAAGCGUAUGUAACCCGAGGUACCACUGUACUUUGAAUCACACGCUCCUGCCAUACAUAUUUACCAGGCUGGUAUGGACUUAGAUGCUGCUCAGCCAUUCUUGGCGCAGAAGCUAGGAAGAAAGGUUGCAGCGUUUGGGAAUAUUUUAGUUUACAGAAAAGGUGCCAAGAGUCGACAUGAUAGACGUUUUUAAAAUUAUGCAUGACAUGGAGAAAGAGAAAAAAUUUCCUGCCCUCAUAAUGCUAGAACUCGUGGACAUCCAGUGAAACUGAAUAUUGGAAGAUUCAGGACUUCUUCAUGCUGCACAUAGUUAAACUCUGGAACUUGCUCCCCUCAGAGGCAGUCACAGCCACCAGCUUAGCUGACUUUAGAAGCAGCUUAGACAAACCUCUUGUCCUCAUCAUGGAGGAUAAGGAUAUCUGUGGCCGCCUGCUGUGGUUGCUAUGCUCUGCCUCCACAGCUGGAAGCAGUUCUCUUCGGAUUACCAGCCGCUGAAACUGCAGCCAGCAAGAGGGCUUUCCCCCUACAGUCAUCUGGCUGGCCACUAUGAGAACAGGGCGCUGGACCAGAUGGGGCAUUGGCCUGAUUCAGCUUACUGUUCUUAAGUUAAAAUUAAUGUUUUCUUAAAAGUUUUCAGUGUGUAUAAAAUAUCAUAUGUUUAUGCGAAUAACGAAGUUUAUACAGGCCCAGCCUCUACCCUCGUGUCCCACGUGGACGUUCUUGGAGGGCCUAGUGAGUCUAGUAACAAAAGGUUUGCGUUAGGCUGUUGCAGUUUUUGUCUUCUCUCUUUGGUCAUUUAACACACACCCGUUUCAAAAUGCUUUCAAACCACACAAUAAUUUGUGGUUCAAGAAAAACAAAUCUAAAGUCCACUUGGGUGCCCAGAAUUGGUUUCCAUGGUUCUUUGGAACUUGGCCACUAUUUCAGCAACCAUUGCAACAAUCUUAUAAGAUGGCCCAGUAUUAUUUAUCCCUCUGUUGCAGACCAAGCACCAAGGCUAGAAGCUUGUCCAAGGCUACCUCGUGCAUUUGAGGCUGAGGUGAAACUUAAAUGCUUUUAGCCACUGUGCUAACCAAGUCUUUGUUAUAGGCCUAAAUGGGAUUGUUGCUCUGUACCAGUAUUGGGAGUGCUUUGUGUCUGUUUCCUACAUGUAGGUCUUCUGCGUGGGGUUGUGGUGCCUGGAUGAAUACUGGUAUUACAGUGUCUUCACCCUUUCCAUGCUGGUGGCUUUUGAAGCAUCUCUCGUCCAGCAGCAAAUGAGGAACAUGUCAGAGAUUCGAAAAAUGGGCAACAAACCCUACAUGAUCCAGGUGAGCCAAGGCAGGAAGUGGUGAGCAAUGCUGUGAGACACUGGUCCUUCCCACUUGGAGACAAUCUGAUGAGGCGCAUGGAUUCUGGAACGCUGAAUCCCCGUUGCUCAGGGUGACCCUAGAGGGCUGAUCACUGUGUAGAAUGUAGAAUGCAGAAGGGAACAGUAAUGGCAGUUGCUAGAAGGAGAGCAGUUAGGAGAAUAAAGCCAAGGUUGUUGGGGUGAACUUGGAGGUACCGCCAGAGCCGCAGGGAUUGCGCCAGCCCCAGAUUCAGCUGCUCCUCACCUGCCUAAAGGGUUUGUUAUCAACAAUACUCCCAAACCCAUGGCGAUUCUUCUCUUGCACCAAUCCCCAUGGCUUCCCCAUCUCCCCUGUUCAUGCAAGGGCAUUGGGAAGACAGUUGUCUGUAUCAUUCUGUCAGGUGGUGCUGUAGUUGAUCAAGGGAGUGCAGGAGGCUCUUGAGCUGACCAGGCCUGAGUUUCCAAAGUAUUAGAACGGGGUUGCUGUUUGAUAGAUUAACCUGUGAUGGAUAAUUGGUCCAACAGUCUCCAUUCAGGAGUCCUUGAGCCCAAGCUGAUAUGAAUUGUAGGUAUGACGAGGUGAAUUUGGGGAAGUUGGUCUGUGGACAGCUCCAGCUUCUCUUCCUCUAGCAUCCUAAAUGCCACCCUUCUGUGAACCACCCUGAGAUCUGUGGAUGAAGAUUAAAUUAAUAAAGAACAAUAGUACUAAUAAUAUCUCUUCCUCUUGCAGGUUUACAGAAACAGGAAGUGGCGUCCAAUUUCCAGCGAUGAGAUAAUUCCAGGGGACAUUGUGUCCAUUGGUAAGAUCAGUGUUGCGCUGAUAAGAACCCUGCCACCCACAGUCUUAAUUAGCUCAACUAUGUGUAUAAAUUAGCAUGUGCAUAUUUCAUGCAACUUUGUGUCGUGGGCCUGAAGCCUGAGUCUUUUCAAUACCUGACACAGUCCCUCUCUCAAGAGUCCUGAGACCUUAUGAGCAAAGGCCCCACCUUCCCCCCAGUCCUUCUGAGCAUCCAACUCUCACUUCCAGGCCGCUCCCCCCAUGAGAACCUUGUGCCGUGCGAUGUGCUGCUGCUGCGGGGAAGGUGCAUCGUAGAUGAAGCCAUGUUGACUGGAGAGUCAGUGCCUCAAAUGAAGGUUUGCCUGAUGAUUUCUGCUAAUUUAGUCACAAUUUAUUUAGUGUUAGCAGGAUGCCUGGCAGUUAUACAAUCUGCAGAAGACAGUGCUGACCCAGGAAAACGGACACAGUGGAUGUGAAAUGGGCCAUAUAGAUGCUGCAGGGUGGGGCUGCAUGAAAGUCGACAUAGUGGAAGGGAUCAAAAGGGGACACCUGGGGAGCAAGGAGUGAAAGUGAAGGAGAGAGGAGGUGUAGCUUUGAAUAGUAAGGAAGAGAAACAUGAAGCUGACGGGGGAAAUGGCAGGGAUGUGUUCGCUUAUGCAGAGGGAGAGAUUGCCAUGGCAACAAGAGGCAAAGCCAAAAUUUUGGAGGAGAGGUUUGGCAAUUACUAUGAGCGAUAUGGAACCUCCAUGUUCAGAGGUGGCGUAUUUUAGAGCCUCGGGUAGUGGGACCAUCUCAUUCUGCCUGCUUGUUGCCAGUGUCCUAUGAGUGGCCGUUGCUGGAUGCAGGAGGCUGGACUAGAUCAAUUUGGCCUGAUCUGGUUUUGGUUGGUUAAUGAAUCUAAAAAAACAACAACCCCAAAACAAGGGCAGCUUGUGUGUAUCCAGCACAGCUUGAUGGAUCCCUUGCCUUGGUAAUGGGUGGUGCUCCCUCCCGUGGUCCCCAGUGUGGAGUCCUCUGACUUACUGAACAAGAGAAGAAACAGGAAGUGGCUUGUUUUAUGCCGGUGGUGCUUUUGUAGUUCCAAAUUGCAAAUAGCACAAUGCUUAUAUUUAUUUAAAAAGAAACAAACUGGCAAAGCAAUCCAGUUAUACAAAGCAUCAAAGCACAACAACACUUAGUUUUGUUUGUUGAAUUUAUUAGAUGCAUUUUUCUAAAAGAAGACUCAAGUUGUCUUGGAGCAGUUAAAAUAUACAAACAUUUAUAUAAAAUGUUUGUAAUAUAUUAUAUAUAUAUAUAUAUAUAUAUAUAUAUAUAUAUAUAUAUAUAUAAUAUUAUAAUAUAUAUAGUAUUAUAUAAUAUAUAAAAUAUGUAUAUUUAUAUAAAUUAGAAACAGUCACCAUAAAAUAAUAAAACUGCACUACCCCAACAGUAUAAUGAAACAUCAGGGACGGCCAGUUACCAAAGGCUGAUAUAAAACUCAUCCCAUCGAAUAUCUGGGAGUAGAGGAAUGUCAACUUCACACGGAAAAUACUGUUUUUAGAUGCUUUUUAUUUUAUUUUAAAUUAUAUUAAGAACAUAAGAGCAUCCGUCAUUCUGUUCUCACAGUGGCCAAUCAGAUGCCCUUAUGGGAAGCCCACAAGGGAAGCCCUCAGACAAAAUAUGGGAAGCAGUUAUGAAUCACAUUACCUGAUGUGCUCCCUCCAACUGUAGAAGCAGCUGCAGAAUUCCAAAGUUGAGGAAUGAGGGAGAUUCUCAGUCCCUGGAUUUUAGAGUCUUUUGUGUUAAAAUAUCACUACAUAUAGCUUGCUCCCUUGUGACCAAGAAUGCAGGCAGGUACAGAGCAGGUUGUUGAUGUCUGUCUACAUUUGUAGCUGCCUAAUGUAGGCGGAAUAGUUGGGCCAGGCAUUAUUGGACAUCUGUUAUCAGUUCCCAAAUGUGCUUUUUUCUUCUUCUUUUAUUGUAGGAGCCAAUCGAAGAGUUAGACCCAGAAUAUGUCUUGGACAUGAAGGCCGAUUCCAGAUUGCACAUAAUUUUUGGGGGAACGAAAGUUGUACAGCACAUCCCACCGCAAAAAGCAAGCACAGGCCUGAAACGUAUGUACAUGCCUAUCUAGCUUGAAUCAAUGGCAGGGAAGCUCUUAAAAUGUCAUUCCCUGAACAGUUUAGUUGCUGCUUGAUUGCUGAUAUAAUAAACCCGCUAACUUUAGCACUAAGGGUACCGUAUAUACUUGAAUAUAAGCCGACCCAAAUAUAAGCCAAGGCACCUAAUUUUAGCACAAAAAAUGGGAAAACUUAAUUAUAAGAAGAAGAAGAAUUUUUAUUUAUACCCCGCCCUCCCCAGCCAAUGCCGGGCUCAGGGCGGCUUACAAGCAAUAAUAAAAACAAGUUGAAUGAUUACAACUUAAAAACAAAAUACAUUAAAAUAUUGAAACAUUAAAAUAUUAAAAUGUAGCCUCAUCGCAUUAUUGACUCGAGUAUAAGCCAGUUCACCACACCACAAACCUGGUGGUGGCGGCAGCGGCGGAGGAAGAACAAGCAGCCCAAAAGGGCUCCUUUCGGGCCGCUCGUCCCUCCGCUGCUCGCAAGAGCAGGCAUAGGAGCUGCGGUUGGGAGAGGCGCAGCGCAGCGCCUCUCCCAACUGCGGCUCCUGUGCCUGCCCUUGCAAGAGGCAGGCGGUGCCGGCGGAACCAGCAGCGAUAAAGGGCUCCUUUUGGAUUGCUCGUCCCUGCCGCGCUGUCCACCUCACUCAAGUAUAAGCCGAAGGGGGCUUUUUCAGCGUAAAAAAUGUGGUGAAAAAGUUGGCUUAUACACAAGUAUAUACGGUAAUCUCUCAGUAGGAAAGAGCCGUGGAAACCUGUGCUUUCCCCUUUCUUCUCUGGCAGAAUUUCCCUGGUGCAGAAUUUAAAGUCAUCACUUUUAGCUGUGAGAUGAGGAUAUAUACCUGUUCAGAAACUGAAACUUUGAGAUCAAGUAGACAUGCAGACAUUGGUAGUGAAGCAGCUAGUGCUAGAAAAAGCAAAAGGGUCCAGUUUCUCCAACAGAAGCUACCUGAGUGAUUCACAUGAUAGAAUUAAACUUGCAUUAUAUAAAAGCAUACAGGCAAAAGAGCCAAGCUUGGAUAAAUUACACAAUUAGGGGUAGCUCAAAUACUCCUUAAUUACAGAAUUGUAUAUUAUUUAUUCCUUUUGAAUAAUAUGCAUUUCUGACAAUAAUAGGAUUUCAUUAUAGUAUGAUGCAGAUUGGGAAGGCAUUUAAAAAUAUAGAAUAAAGAAAAAAUUAUUUUAAAAAACACAAUUUCAAAGGGAGAGAGAGGGAAAACGUUUGCUGAAAAUGCUAUAAGUCAGGUAAAGGUAAAGGGACUCCUGACCAUUUGGUCCAGUUGUGACCGACGCUGGGGUUGCGGCGCUCAUCUCUCUUUGUUGGCCGAGGGAGCCAGCGUACAGCUUCCGGGUCAUGUGGCCAGCAUGACUAAGCCGCUUCUGGUGAACCAAAGCGGCGCACGGAAACACCGUUUACCUUCCCGCUGGAGCGGUACCUAUUUAUCUACUUGCACUUGACGUGCUUUCGAACUGCUAGGUUGGCAGGAGCAGGGACCGAGCAAUGGGAUUCGUCGCGGGGAUUCGUACCACCAACCUUCUGGUCGGCAAGCCCUAGGCUCUGUGGUUUAACCCCCAGCGCCACCUGCGUCCCUAUAAGUCAGAUACAACUCCUUCAAAACGUGAUCCAAGAGAAACUGCCUGAGCCUGGAAGAGAGGGAGAGGCACUAUGAUUCACCACAGAUCUACCAACACCUUUGCGUCUUCUGCGCUGUGUAAGCUUAGACUGGUUUCUGCAUGUUGCAGCUUCCUUCCUUCGCUUUAGCUCUUCUGCAUUUCUUGAUGGUCUGUCCUGGCGCCAUGUAGCAGCUGAAGCCAAAGUGUUCAUGUCCGAAGGACUUCUUUGGAAGAACUGCACAACUUGACCUAUUCAUCUGCUCAUUUUUUCAUACCAACAUGUUGCGUAAUCCUUUUCCUUUAUACCUCUUCACAGCGGUUGAUAACGGGUGUGUGGCCUAUGUUCUAAGGACAGGCUUCAAUACAUCUCAGGUAAGAACGAGAGCCACUGGGCUUCCGCUUGCACAACUGUCACCCAAAAUUGGUUUGGGGUUUGUGUCAGGAGAACCCUCAGAACAGCACUUCGAGGGAGGAGGGAGCAGACCACUGUACUUAACAUGAGAUAGUAGAAACCUGUUUUCAUGUUUAUUUUACCCUUGGGAGUAAUCCACCUGACUUGGCACGUAAAGAGACAAAGACUUGUCUGGAUAUUUAGCUCCACCUUCAGGAGCCCUUGAUUAUCAAGGGACUUCUGUUUGCCUUCCUGAAGCUUCUGAUAACCCUUGAAGCUCUCCUAAGUAAACUGGGGAUUGUGUUGAGCUGAGGACUUAGGAGAGCUAAUCUUGGAAGCAAGCCCUGGGAACCUUUUGCUACUGUCCUAAGAGCGGAUGGCGCUUUCAGUCGUGCUACAACUGUUUUAUAUAUCAGUCUGAUUUUUCAGGGAGUAAACUGUUUAGCCAGCAGGGUCCUUCUUACUGAACUGCAGUGGGCAGGUCAAUCUCAAUAAGAAGUUCUUAAAAGUCUUGUUUUAUUGCUCUCUCACUGCCCCUAGUCUCAAGUUAACUAAAAACAUUUCCUGCCACUUCUCCUGAGGGAGGUUAUUGCUGCCUCCCCCUGACAACUCUUCCUCCCUCCCAGGGGAAGCUUCUGCGUACCAUCCUGUUUGGUGUGAAGCGGGUGACAGCCAACAACUUGGAGACCUUCAUCUUCAUCCUCUUCCUGCUCGUCUUUGCCAUUGCAGCGGCAGCAUAUGUGUGGGUUGAAGGUGAUUUUUUAUUUCUGGAACCUAGGUUUCUUACAGAUCAGAAAAUAGUAUCAGUGAGGGCACAGGUUGGGGUUUCAUAGAAGGAGCAUACAUUUGAUAUGGCUGCCUGAGUGUUGAUGGGGAUGCAGCCUCACCUAGAUGGUUUUUUCCUUGAUGAUGGGCUGUCCUGCUAUGUAUCCAUUGCUCCCUAGAACAGUAAAUCCUGUACACAUGAUUUGGCAGCCUUUUCUGUGGGUGGAGAUGCUGAGAUCACAAGAAACUUAACUCUUUUAAAAAAAAAGAAAUCAUUUCUCCUGGCACACUAACAGUUCUCUUGUAGCUCAUAGGCAUUCCGCAGUAUGUGGUUUGGGAAACAUUGUUCUGAUUGUAUUGGUGGACUUUGCAGCAGUAAAAUGGCAUAAAUAUGUGUCUGCUCCCCUUCCCAAGGCACCAAGGACCCCAGCAGGAACCGUUACAAGCUCUUUUUGGAAUGCACUUUAAUCCUCACCUCAGUUGUCCCGCCUGAACUCCCCAUCGAGCUCUCUCUGGCCGUCAACACCUCACUCAUUGCUCUCGCCAAAUUGUGUAAGUACCAAGCCUCACCAAGAAAUGAAGCUGCAGGCUUUGAAAUUGCAGGGGGUGAAACUUCUGACCUGAUUGCAUUUCUAGGAAGUGUCCCUGUUUUAUUUAUUUCACAGCUUGUUCUUCCCUCAGGUUCUGAGCAGUUUGCUAACUUUAUUUUUAUUGCAGGAUACUGUGUUCUACAAUAUUUGACUAUUAUGGCCUUAUAAACAAAGCGCAACAUAAGAAGUUGCUUAUAUAAUAGUUGGCUAGAUGUAGGGGUCUUGUCCAGCACUUAUCCCCUCUCAGAUUCCUAUAGACUUCGGGUCCCAUGAACAAGGGGCUUAAUCUUUCCCUUCUCUCCCCCCUCCCCACCAUAAGGUUUCAUCCCCACGUCUUGAUUUAGAAUGCCUACCAUCCUGUCUCAUGGACUUGAGUGUCCUCCUAUGAGAUGUCUGGGACCAUUGGCCCGAGAGCGGAAUCCCUGUUGCCAUGGUGAAGCAGCCCAUAGUUCUUAGAACCACUGGCUUUGUUGCCCUAUUCCUCCUAGAAGUAUGCAUUUGUAAAAACUCAUUACUAAAAUAAACCCUUUCUCUUCCGUGGCCACUCAGUCCAUGCCCAAACAGAACUGUUUCAUGUUUACCAUCUGAGAGGUGGGUGUACCCUUUAUCUUGUAAUUGCAUAGCAAAUGAGCACAAGCAAGUUUGUCCUUUUGUUAAACUUACUGGGUAGUAGCCACAAAGACUUAUGCUUGGGCAACAGAAUUGCCCAUCCCCCUCCUCCCCCCCCAUAUGCCCCCCCCCAGAACUGUUUUUGGGGUUUUCCCAAGCCUCCAGAACAGAUUUGGCAGUGGGCAUGCAAGGAGAGGGGAAGUUCUGUUGCACAAGCAAAGUGACUUCACUGGGUACAGACCCCCGUGUCGUUUUCCUCACUUGAUUGUGUAUGUGUGUGCAGGCGCGCGCACACAUGCCUCCUCCUCCUCUGCUUGGAGAGAGGGCAGUGAUGGAGGAGGCCUUCACACAAAAAGGAAGGUAUAUUUUAAAUUUUUGACCACCAUGAGUGGGACCCAGUAGAAAAAAAGGGGGGUAGUGAUCGCUGACCUCUCCCUCUCUCUUUGUUUUCUUGAAGAUGUUUACUGCACCGAGCCAUUCCGCAUCCCCUUUGCAGGGAAGGUCCAGAUUUGCUGCUUUGAUAAAACGGGCACCCUGACCAGUGACAGCCUAGUGGUGAGAGGUGUGGCUGGGCUCAGGUAGGUCCUUGGUGGGGUGAGCCAAAGGAGGCUGUUCAGAGCUAUCAUGGGCGCUCUUCACUUUUUAAAUUAUUACUAUUAUUUUAUUUUAUUUGUGAGUCACUUUAUCUUGCCCAGGGCCACCCAAAGAGACUUACAAACAAACAAAAGCCUCACCUGUGUUCUCAGGUAAUAAUAGAGAUAUCCAGCCAGGAUAUCUACCUUUGGCUUCGCUUCCAAGCCCCCUGACCAUCGGUCAUUCGGGCUUGGGCUGAUGGGAGGGCCACAGCUUCCCCAUCCCUGGCAGAGAAGAUUGUAAAAGUAAUGUUUGCAUGUAGCCGCUAGCAAAUUCUCAUUUCCACAUUGGAUAUUGGAACUGCUAUAUGUUCACUGUAAUAAUAAUCUGCAUCCUUCUCAAGUCCUCUGUCAUACUAAUGUCAGUAGUUGUCCUUCAGCUGGAGUAAUUGAUCUCUGUGUAAUCUCCACUAUUGCAGAGAUGGGAAAGAGGUGACCCCUGUGUCUGACAUUCCUAUUGAAACACAUCGAGUCAUCGCCACAUGCCACUCCCUUAUGCAGCUGGAUGAUGGGACUCUGGUGGGUGACCCUCUGGAGAAAGCCAUGCUAACGGCUGUGGAAUGGACUCUGACCAAAGGUAGGCUUGCUUCAUUUCUGAGCUGCAUGCCUUUUUCCAGAGCUCCCUUACCUUUCAAUUCUACUAGAGUGAGCGAAGCUUGCCUGCAACUUUCUUUCACAAUAUUUGGAACUAGGUGUGAAUCAGCAUCUGACUAGCCAGCCGGUCUGACUCUGAGGCUGCUUCAGUGUUUCCAGAAACCCCUUUUAUGUUCCGUGACUGUGCGCUGGGGGAGCCAGGGCUUCCUUGUUCUGCUAAGGAAUGCAUCCUGUGGGCUCAGGGCCCCUUUGUCACUCCCAGGAGCCCAAGGGGAGGAUUGCUGCUUGUGGUGCUGUUGAACCCUUUCAGGAUUUCCCGAUCUCUUUGUUUCCAGAUGAGAAAGUUUUCUCCCGAAGUAUUAAAACUCAGGGACUGAAAAUUCACCAGCGCUUUCAUUUUGCCAGUGCCCUGAAAAGAAUGUCGGUCUUGGCUUCCUACGAGAAGGUCGGCUCCACUGAUCUGUGUUACAUUGCAACUGUGAAGGGGGCCCCGGAGACGCUGCACAAAAUGGUGAGCAAAGGGAGAUGGGUGUGACUUUAUCUCUUGGUUUAUUGUUAUAGCCAUGAAAUGGGCUGGUGCCAAGGCAGGGAAUGCUUAGGAACUGAGCAGGAUUGGACACGGAGAAAAGCCUUGCGACUCACAGACUGGAAGACCUUCCCAAAAGAAGUACUUGAAUCUUCCACACAUUGGCCUAGUGGCAGAUGAGCAUUUUAUGCCCUGGAUUGUGGGGAGGCCAGAUAACAUGCUGAAGAUAGGAGGGCGUGGCAGCAAGGCCCAUGCAGCUAAGCGGGGUCGGGGGUGGGGAGCCAAAUGGCCAGAGCUGAAAACGUGAUACCCAGAGUGCCUUUGAUUUCGUGAAGUGCUCUAUUAUCAAAACAAUGUUUGGCAGCUUGACAAUGCUGUUGUUAAACUUUAGUCGGGUUUUUUUUGCUAGAACAUAAGAACCCUUCUGGAUCAGACAAAAAGCCCAUCUAGUCCAGCAUUCUGUGUUCACCUUGGCAAACCACAUGCCUCUGGGAAGAUGGCAAGCAGGGCAGGAUGAGUGCAGCUGUGCUGUUCCCACUUAGGUUCCCCAGCGACUGAUAUGCUGAGCCACCAUAACUAGCAGCCUUACCUGCAUGUAGCUAAGCCUCUGUUGAAGCCGUCCAAGUUGGCAGCCUCUACUACAGCUUGUGGGAAUGAAUGCAAUGUGCUUCCAUUUGUCUCUCCUGGACCUGGUAACCUUCAGCUUCACCCUCCAAGGCUGCCAGAGCCUCUGCUGUUCUGGUGCUUUGUGGCUCACAAGGAGACGUGCUCAGGGCGGGGGGCUUCUUUCCCCUGCCUUCACAUUCUUUUGUGACUGUCCCUCUUUGCCCCUCUCUUUUCUCGUGCAGUUCUCUCAGUGCCCCAGUAGCUACAACAGUAUCCACACAGAGAUCUCACGCGAGGGAGCCAGGGUCCUGGCACUCGGCUACAAGGAAUUGGGACACCUCACGCAUCAGCAGGUAGGCUUUGGCCUGCACAGGCGACACCUUCCACAUGCUCUGUCGGGACCCUAUUGCUGUGGGAGGUGCCGCUGUAUGUGCCAGAUUGUGGCCUCUCUUAUGGGUAAAGUUAGUUGUGCUAGAGAUAAACUGAAGGAUAAAACCAGCCCACACUGGCCCCUUGCUCAUGGUUGGCCUUGAACGCCUCUUCCUUCCUUUUGCGGGGUAGAGAGGAGCAUUCAGAGUUCUGACAAAGCACAAGAGGGUUGCUUUUCACAUGGCAAGGUCAAUCUGUGCAGCCUGGCUAGAAGUCUGCUUCUGAAGUGUGGCAGCUGCCACACUGUGCUGAGUGCACAAGUGACCUGGCCAAAGGGUUUACAGUCCAAAAUAAAUGCACAAGGCAGCCUAGAGGGAGAAGUUAGAAACUGACAGAUGAGGAUGAGUGGAAAGCAAUGUCAAUGUGGGUUUUUUAGCAAAGACACCCCCCCCCCAGCCCAGUAACUGCAAUGUGGAAGGGAAAAGCCUUUAUGACUUUAGAGGAAGGGGCAUAGCUGGCCACCAGGGCAGAAGGCAGAGAGAUGGGAGGGAACUCAGGGAGUUGGUGGACAAUGAAUGAGUUUCUGUGUGUGGUGGAGAGAGUUGAUGUGAGAGAAGAUGACGAUUGGACUGGAGAGUUUGUGGUUAUGCGGAGUGAGAAGGGGUGAGCAAAAAGAUUUGGGCGGAGUAAACUGAUCAAGCCCAAUGGAAAAGGAAGUCUGCUGACUGGUUGGCAAGUUGGUUGGAAUGGGCUGCCCAGGGCAGGGGGACUGGAUUUUCCAUGACGCUCAUCUGUGCCAGAGCAGGUGCUAUUUAAGUGGGCAAGGAUUUCUGACUUGGCACAAGCAUGGGGGGAACUUAGUCAAUGGUCUCCAGCACACCACCUUCGCAAAGCAGGAUUCCAGGUGAGACCUGGAUGCUCUUUGACAUGUCGGAUUGCCAUGUGAGGUAUGGACUAGGAAGUUUACCAAACAAUCCCAAUGUUGUCGGCAGUCUGAGGGUUGCCCCUAGAAUCAGGGUGUGAAUUUCUAUGGGAGAUUCUUCAUGUGGGGCAUCUAAAUAUUCAGUUGGACAAAGCGCUGGUCUUUGUUCUCCCUCUCAUCUGAAGGCACGAGAGAUGAAACGAGAGUUGCUUGAGUGUGACCUGCGAUUCAUGGGCUUCAUCGUGGUCUCGUGCCCCCUUAAAGUGGACUCCAAGCCCGUCAUCCGUGAAAUCCUCAAUGCCUCGCAUCAUGUGAGUGAAAAAGCAUGCCUGCUGGCUGAGAUGUAGUGGAAGACGGAGACAUGGGAGUCCUAGGCAAGCUGAGGAACUGGCCUGCACAGUCCCACCUGCUUUCCUAUUUCUGUCCCUGCUGCUGCUCCUCCUCCUCCUCCUCCUCCCCCCCCCCACUUGUCCAGAGUCUUUGUUUCCCAUUUGCUGCCAUUUUGAACAAAAGUCCUCUUGUCUCAUUGUGAUCAGCCCUUCCCCAUGCACAGCAAAUCCCAAGGCAAAGAUUUGAGCAUAAUGCCAAGGUAUACAAGAAUGGUGUUUCCCUCCUCCACACUCUUUAACAAUUCUCUGCUUGGGAGAUUGGAGAUGUCCUAUGCUUGCAGGAAAAAAAACUCUUCACACUCAUGUUCACAUAAGUUGAUAAACUAGGAUGGUGCUCCAGAGAGGCACUGCUGCAGAAAAGAUAAGAAUCUGAAACAUACUAAGAGCCCGGGUGGGUUAGAUCAAAAGCCUGACUAGCGCAGCAUCCUGUUUCACCUGAGCCUCUUAGAUGCCUCUGGCACCCCUCUAGGCUGGCUGAGAUGGCAGGAGACACCCCUGCCAGUUGCUCCCCAGCAUCUAGUAUUCCAAGACAUCCUGGAAGGUUUCAUUUAGUGCUUGUAGCUAAAGGACCAUUCCAGGAUGAGAGAGCUCCCCACUGUGUUUCGGGGGGGGGGGGUAGGCUAGAGAGGAGAAGAAGCAGACUAUCCUUCAUGCAAAUGAAGUAUUCCCCACCCCACCCCCAUCAGGUGGGAAGGUAUACUGCACUUCUGGGAAUGGAAUAGAGAUAAUUAUUGGGGCUGUGGGGGGACAGUGGAGAGGUUUGAAAGAUGGAGGGAUGUGUCAAAUGGCUCUUAUUGUAACGGUUGUUGAGCUUGCGAUAUCGCUGGUGGUGGAAAGUUGGCCAAGACAAGGGAAUGUGCUUUGAUCUUCCCUAUUGUACAGAAAGAGGUUUCUUUCCUCCAGCAAAAUAUUUGUUUCCUCCAUAUUUUGCUGGAGGUUUGUUUCCUCCAGCAAAAGAUGUUUCAGAAACCACACACGCACAGACAUUUUAGAAGAGAACAUGCUUUGAGGUACAAUGUAACACUAAUUUUGUGAUAUACAAAACAGUUUUUUAAAGCUUUUUCCAGCCCCUCUGACCCAGGUCUGUGUGGCACAUGUGCAUUGCAUCUCCAGUCCCUGCUUAGGAAAAUGUCCCUUGAUGCUGCCAUUUACUUCUUCUCAGGUAGUGAUGAUAACAGGCGACAACCCCUUGACUGCCUGCCACGUGGCCCAAGAGCUGCACUUCACCCAGAAGGAGCAGACGCUCAUCCUGCAGCCGCCCUGUGACAAAGGUAGAGAGGCUGAGGGAGGCAGGUGGACGUGGUCAGGGUGGAGCAGAUAAUCAUCCAGAGCCCCACAAGGCAGCAGCACAUGGCUAGGAUUCUGUGAUGCUGCAAAAGCAUAGGAAUAGUACAGAACAUGGUACACAGUGUAUAAUUCAGCUUUCUGAAGGUGCUGGUGAAAGGUCUUGCCCUGGUUAGCACAGGGGGGUAAGUUUACUACUACGAGCUAUGUAUGGUAUAGAAAUGCAGUGUGAGAAAUGUGAUGGAGACUCUGGAAGCAGCUGCAAAUGGUUGAUAGGUAGUGGAAGGGACGUGUGCGGGGGGGGGGGGGAAGGCUUGUUUAGUGUACAUGGAUUUGGGAUGGUGGAGCCCAGGAUAGCUCUCUUCCCUGGGCUGGUUCUGCAAAGCAGGCAGCCCCUCCUCAUGCUCCCCCUUAAUCAAACCCAUGCUUGCCUCCCCCUUAAUCAAACCCUCUAUUCCAGAUUGCAGCUGGCAGUGGCAGUCCAUCAGCGGCACCGUCACUCUCCCCAUCAUCCCAGAUUCCCUACAGGAGCUGACCAGGGACCACAACCUGUGUGUCACAGGAGAGGGACUCUCUCAGCUGCAGGCCACAGAUGGCCAGCUGCUGCUUCGGCUCAUUCCACAUGUGCAGGUCUUCGCGCGAGUUGCACCCAAGCAGAAGGUGAGAGGUGCAUCCUCACCGCAACGUUCUUCAGGCCCUUGUGGCCAGCGAGCCCAAGGAUCCAGGGGGGGCAUGUUUCUCUCAUCCACUGGUAGUAAAAGAGCAGCAGGUGUUUGGAUUGUCCCUGGCUCAGUGGAACAAAUGGACAGCCUACAACCUGGCAUAUAGCACCAUCUUUGAAGAGUUUGCAUCCUGUAUCUGCCAUUGUGCUCUUGGAGUGGCCUAGAGUCCAGUCGCUGCCUCUUAGUCAAAUCUACCUCAGAGGUGGAAUGUUGCAGGAGUAGCAAGUGCCUUGGAGUCAAAAUCCUGGGCACAGCUGUACAAAUAAAAAAUUAAAUGGAAAUAAUAAUAUCCUUUUAUCAGAGCAACUUCUGCUAGUAUAAGAACAUGCAGACUUUCACUAGCCUCUUUGGUCUAACUAGAAGUGGGCUGCCUCUUUUACCACAAGCACCAGAUGUCCCUGUACUUGUUUUUUAUCACUUGACUCUUGCCAUCAAAUGCAUAAGCUUAGUGGAGUCAUGGAAAGGAUUUUGUCUGCUGCCAAAUGCGCUCCCUUACCUUCCCAUUGAAUGAGGAUGCUGACAUGUAGUCAACUCACAAGAGUCUACAUGUUUGGGUGAAGAGAAGCAAUCUCUUUGAUGGCAUGGAUUUGAGCAGAGGGUGGCAGGCCCUCUUCCUCACUCUGUUUUCUCAUUGCAGGAGUUUGUUAUCACAACACUGAAGGGGCUUGGCUAUGUGACGCUGAUGUGUGGGGAUGGGACCAAUGAUGUGGGAGCUCUGAAGCAUGCUGAUGUGGGUGAGUGUUUAUUCUGUUCAAAAAGUGCCACUGAUUAAUUGAAUUUCGGAUUUUUAAGAAUGAAUAUUUAAUGGACAAGCCUACAUAAGCCAGGCAUGGAUGGCAAUCUUCAGUUUAUGAGGCAUUUCUCCCACCGCUUACAAAAGAAAAUGCCUCUUUAACAAGUUUUUCUGUACUCUGGCUACCUCUUCAUCUUACAGCUUCUGUGUGCUUUGAGCAACAUAUACUCAGCCUACUGAUCAAUUUUGCAGGUGUCAUAGUAAAACUUUUCUUGCUACCCUCUCCUCUAAGAAGCCUCCUUCCUAUCCAGUUGGGAUGCGGAACAAGGGAACUGCCUAAACUUUUCUGUUCUGAAAGCAGCUUGCCAGACACCUCCCAAUAUCUUCUGUGAUCUGACUUGUUCUUGCAGGAGUGGCUCUACUGGCCAAUGCACCUGAACGAAUUCCUGAGCGCAGGAAGAGGCCGCCCCGCGAUGGCCCUGCUGACGGGAGACCUGCUUUGCCCCCCUCCCUGGUUGGGAGCAACAUGAGGCCCACCUCCCGGGCUGCCAAGCACAGGGUUAUGUUGCACAGAGAAGAGCAGCUUGCCAUGCAGCGGGUAAGUUGCUGGGUUCUCCUUCCUCCCCCCAUAUUGGACUCCCUUGUGCUUCAGGACUUUUUCCUUUGUGAAAUUCCAAGAGGUUACAGGGAGAGACACACUUGGCUCUGCCCCUGCACCCAUUGUAUGCUGGAAGAAAAGUCACUAGGGUGAAUGGAAGCUGGCCUUGUCCUUAGUCUGACCUAGAUUUAAAAAAUAAUAAAAUUCCAUUGACCAUGAACCAAGCAACUCUGUCCUCUUCGUGUCCUCUUUCCUUUUCCUAGUGACUGGCUUUGUAAGGUUGGCAUUUGGAAUGUAUCUCUGAGGAUAGCUUUGCUGUGGAUGAAACCGCAUGUCUUCUGUCCCCCCCCCCUUUCUUCCUAACAGGAGAGAAUUAGCCAGGUGCUGAAGGAUCUGGAGGAGGAGCAAGUCCCCAUUGUGAAGUUGGGUGAUGCCAGCAUUGCGGCUCCUUUCACCUCCAAGCUGUCCUCAAUUCAGUGCAGUAAGUAGGGAGGGGAGAGAACUUGUUUUGGGCAAGGCAGUACUUGGACCAACUCUGAAGGAUGGGGACACCUCCAGGCAUGUUUUGCAUGUAAAUGCAACCAUUGAGCCUCUUUUUUUGCACUGUUUGUGUGCAUGUGACUAACUUGGAAUCUUUAAACUAUGCACGUUUUAUAUUUGUAAGAGAUGAAGUGCAAUAUUAGUCUGGCACUGUGUAUGGGAAGGGGCUGGGAAAGCAUGAAACAGCUCUUCUGAGUCCUGCCCCACCCAGUUUUUUAAUUUGAUUUCCAGUUUGUGGCCUCCAGAGCAACCCAAGCCAAUCCACUAGAGAAGGUUUCAUUGACUGAGUGCCCAGAGCAGGGCUGGAACUGGCCUUCUGCCAGCCUUUCUGGGCUUUUCCUUCACAGAUACUCCAGCCGUGUAGAUCUAAAGAGGGAAGGGCAACUAGUACAUCUCAUGCAAGCAAAGUGUUAUUUCCUCCUCCAGUCUGCCAUGUGAUCAAGCAGGGCCGCUGCACUCUGGUCACCACGCUCCAGAUGUUCAAGAUCUUGGCUCUGAAUGCACUAAUCUUGGCCUACAGCCAGAGUGUCCUUUACUUGGAAGGGGUCAAGUUCAGUGAUUUCCAGGCUACAUUGCAGGGGCUGCUGCUGGCUGGCUGCUUCCUUUUCAUCUCCCGGUCAAAGGUAAGAAAGGUGAUGAGAAGGGAGGCGACCAUCACUUCCUCUGCCCAGAAAAGGCCGUUCUACCCUGUUCAUCAUUUGCACUCUUUCCUUACAGCCCUUCCAUGUUUUAAAGCAACUUUCAAAAUUGGUCUGCCUUGCCACAUUGACAUACUUUUUUCUUUCUUUGAGACCACUUUCCAAAGUGGUUGGUGUGUGCAGGGUUCAACAUGGACUGCUUCCCAAAUAUUUGCAAGAGAAUGCAGCUGGCUCACAAACCCAGGACAGCUGCUGCUGCUAAUAACAUUUAUUAUUCGUACCCCACCCUUCUGAUUGGGUUGCCCCAGCCUUUCGGGGCGGCUUGUGGCUGCCUGGUCCUGACCCCUUUUCUUCUUAUUUCCAGCCUCUGAAGACCCUCUCCCGGGAGCGUCCACUCCCUAAUAUCUUCAACCUCUACACAGUUCUUACAGUGCUGCUGCAGUUCAUGGUUCACUUUGUCAGCCUGGUUUAUCUGUAUCGAGGUGCACAGGCCCGCAGUGACCCCAAGUGAGUGCUGCUUGGAUUUAAGCUUGGAACUAUGAAAAUGUGAAAGGAUAUUGCUCACAGUGGAAUUGGUAUCGGCAGGCUGGAAUAUAUGGGCCAGAAGGAAUGUUGCUCCCUUAACAUGAACACACUUCCCAGGGCAGGUGUGAAUGCAAGAGACAUCCAUGAAACUGUGGAUUAACACGAUCACUCUCCUAGGACAAUCAGAGCUGUCCCCUUGCAUCCAUCCAUGGUCCUUCCUCAGAGAAGCCCUGGAAAAGGGUCCUGUAAAGGAGGAGGAGAGAUAGCCAAAGGGUUCCAUCAGCCCCAGUCCUUCCACCUUGCACAACUGGCCCCUGGGAGAAUCAUAGAAUCAUAGAGUUGGAAGAGACCACAAGGGCCAUCAAGUCCAACCCCCUGCCAAGCAGGAAACACCAUCAGAGCACUCCUGACAUAUGGUUGUCAAGCCUCUGCUUAAAGACCUCCAAAGAAGGAGACUCCACCACACUCCUUGGCAGCAAAUUCCACUGUCAAACAGCUCUUACUGUCAGGAAGUUCUUCCUAAUGUUUAGGUGGAAUCUUCUUUCUUGUAGUUUGGAUCCAUUGCUCCGUGUCCGCUUCUCUGGAGCAGCAGAAAACAACCUUUCUCCCUCCUCUAUGUGACAUCCUUUUAUAUAUUUGAACAUGGCUAUCAUAUCACUCCUUAACCUCCUCUUCUCCAGGCUAAACAUGCCCAGCUCCCUUAGCCAUUCCUCAUAAGGCAUCGUUUCCAGGCCUUUGACCAUUUUGGUUGCCCUCCUCUGGACACAUUCCAGUUUGUCAGUGUCCUUCUUGAACUGUGGUGCCCAGAACUGGACACAGUACUCCAGGUGAGGUCUGACCAGAGCAGAGUACAGUGGCACUAUUACUUCACUUGAUCUAGAUGCUAUACUCCUAUUGAUGCAGCCCAGAAUUGCAUUGGCUUUUUUAGCUGCCGCGUCACACUGUUGGCUCAUGUCAAGUUUGUGGUCAACCAAGACUCCUAGAUCCUUUUCACAUGUACUGCUCUCAAGCCAGGUGUCACCCAUCUUGUAUUUGUGCCUCUCAUUUGUUUGCCCAAGUGCAAUACUUUACAUUUCUCCCUGUUAAAAUUCAUCUUGUUUGUUUUGGCCCAGUUCUCUAAUCUGUCAAGGUCGUUUUGAAGUGUGAUCCUGUCCUCUGGGGUGUUAGCCACCCCUCCCAGUUUGGUGUCAUCUGCAAAUUUGAUCAGGAUGCCCUUGAGUCCAUCAUCCAAGUCGUUGUUAAAGAUGUUGAAUAAGACCGGUCCCAAGACAGAACCCUGUGGCACCCCACUAGUCACUCUUCUCCAGGAUGAAGAGGAACCAUUGAUGAGCACCCUUUGGGUUCGGUCAGUCAGCCAGUUACAAAUCCACUGAGUGGUAGCAUAGUCAAGACCGCAUUUUACCAGCUUCUUUACAAGAAUAUCAUGGGGCACCUUGUCAAAUGCCUUGCUGAAAUCAAGGUAGGCUACAUCCACUGCAUUCCCUUCAUCUACCAGGCUUGUAAUUCUGUCAAAAACGAGAUCAGGUUAGUCUGACAUGACUUAUUUUUCAGAAAUCCAUGCUGACUGUUGGUGAUCACAGCAUUCCUUUCUAGGUGCUCACAGACUGUUUGCUUAAUGAUCUGCUCCAGAAUCUUCCCUGGUAUUGAUGUCAGACUGACUGGGCGGUAAUGAUUUGGGUCCUCUCUUUUCCCCUUUUUGAAAAUAGGGACAACAUUUGCCCUCCUCCAGUCUUCCGGGACUUCGCCUGUUCUCCAGGAAAUCUCAAAGAUGACUGCCAGUGGUUCUGAGAUCACAUCUGCCAGUUCUUUUAAUACUCUUGGAUGCAGUUCAUCUGGCCCUGGAGACUUGAAUACAUCUAAACUAGCCAAGUAUUCUUGUACUAUCUCCUUAGUUAUUCUGGGCUGUGUUUCCUCUGCUGAAUCAUUUGCUCCAAAUUCUUCAGGUCGGGCAUUGUUUUCUUUAUCGGAGAAGACUGAGGCAAAGAAGGCAUUGAGGAGUUCAGCCCUUUCUGUGUCCCGUUUGCAUUUCACCAUCUUCUCCUCUGAGUGACCCCACUGUUUCUUUGUUCUUCCUUUUGCUACGAACAUACCCCUAAAAGCCUUUUUUGCAAGCUCUGAUAAGCUCCUCCCACAGCUAAUCACCUGCCUCAACAGAAACCCUGCCCCCUCUGACCUUUGCACAGGGAGAGCAGCUAAUCAGCCACAAAGAAACACACACACAAGAAAACCCUUUUUGCUCCUUCUUCAGCUGCUGCCCUGAACACGAGGGUUAGGGGAGUCCUCCAUUAAGUCUCCUGAGUGGCCAGAUAGUUCUGGGACUUGUAGCAUGCUUGUAGGUGUCUUACUACACAAAGCAGGUUUUUGUUUUCCUUGGGUUUUUUUAGAGUGGCAGGGGGUGGGAUGCCAACUCAUGAGCUUGUUUACCCCUCUGGUCUGCGUGGACAGAUGUAGGGCUGAAGUCAACCAAAACUCCUUGAUGAAGAUAAAACUGGCACCUAUCUCUGUGCGCCAGUAAGGAUGACUGCGUUGUUGGGUGAACAGCUGUCAGGCUUAGGAACAGCCUUCUAGGUCUGGGCCCAACUGUUGCUCAACUCUUGAUCACUCUCGGAGGUGGGCCACAGCUGCACCCUCUGGCGGCAGGAGGUGCCAGUAAAUAGUUCAUCCACGAUGGAGGCGUGUAUUGUUGGCACACAGAAAAUGGUUACAGAAUAGCCACUCCCUCGGAAAACGGAAUAGCAAGAAACCCAAGAGCUGACAAAAUAAGAAUGAAAAGCCAAGGAAAUGAGAAGCAGAAGUGUAGAAAUACUGUGUCCCAAGUCAAGACAGGGAAGGAAAUGGGAGGUGGAGGCUCAGUAGCCCGUUGGUGCUGCUAUUUGGUUACCAUAUGACCCUACACUUCCUAGGACAAUAACUUGAAUUUUAAGGAGUCAAAUUGUCAAGAGCCUUUCUCUGUUUCUUUUAAGGAAAGAUGAUUUUGUAGAUCUCUAUAAAGAGUUUGAACCCAGUUUGGUGAACAGCACGGUUUACAUCAUGUCCAUGGCCAUGCAGAUGGCAACAUUUGCCAUCAACUAUAAGGUGAGGUGUGCUCAGUUUUUUUAGCUCUCUAGGGUGUGCUGUAAUUUAUUUCCCUGCUUCACUUGGUACCUGUCGUAUUGGAGCCUAAUUCUCCAUUUGAAGGCCAUUCUGCAAGAUGCUGGUGGCCAGGGAUCUCAAAGGGAGUGUGAAGCCAUGUGGAACAAGGGAGUGCCAGAAAGUUUUGCCAGGCCAAGUACUGAAAGUCUUUGUCUGUGUAGAUUAGUUUGAAUAGUCUGCAUGUUGCAAGCGGAUUAGAUGAUCUGAUGCUCUACUUUGAGUUCUUCAGGGUGCCCUACUAUGAGAAGUACUAAAUAUUUUCAUUUUAUUGGUGGGGGCAGAAGAGAGGUUCAAAGAGAGCCAGACUUUUUUUGGCAAUUGCUCAUAUGGCUGGGAUAAGCUUGAGUACAAAGUAAACUACUUAAGCCAACAAUUUGCAUUUAAGUCUUGUGAAAUCCAUUACUUGAGAUUGACUGUGUGUUCCAAUAAAUACCAGGACUGCUUUCUGACAUACACAUAUUUCCUGCAACCCUCUUGUCCCUGGAAAUAAAGGUGGAUGUACCAGGGGGAGGCAAUGAAUCCAAAGGAUCUAUUGCCUUCCCAGUCUUCCAACAUGCCCCUGGACCAAGAAAUAAACUCAGCCCAGGAGCUGGCAUUAUUACCAUUCAUUUUCCUCCCUGAUGAGAGGGAAAUAGUUGUGGUUGCUGUGUUUUUAAAAAAGAACAGGCGUGCAAGUGCUCUUCUACCCACCAUCAGCAGGGCACUGGAUUGAGCAGACCAUGUCUUUGGUUCCAAUCCCACCACCCAGCCUAGGAGAGAUUAAAAUCAACUUCAACCUCACAAAAAUAUUGCUAAUGAAAUAAAUGGCUAGCCAAUAGACAUUGAUAUUUUGGCCUGCAACAUGCAACCAGUCUCCAGAUGCAUGUAUGUUGAAGACAAAAAACGACUAUUUGGGGUGAUAGUAUUUGGGUUGGUGAUACCUGCAAUCUGGUUCUUGACUGCCCUUUCCGUCCUUGUCUUUGUUGCUCAAGGGCCAUCCAUUCAUGGAAAGCCUGCGGGAAAACAAACCUCUGCUGUGGAGCAUCAUUCUCUCUGGGCUGGCCAUUGUAGCCCUUUUGACAGGCUCCUCUCCCGAGUUCAAUGAACAGUUUGGACUGGUAGACAUCCCAACAGAGGUGAGUAGGCAGGAUCCUUCCUAGGUCUUUACUUGGGGAAUGUGUUUAGGGGGUUUUUUCUACUGGGGAGUUUCAGAAAUGUGUGUUCAACUGGCAAGUAGCUAGCAGUGUGCAUCUUAACCAGGGAGAGCCUAGAUCAUCCUUCUCUGACCUGGUGCCCUCCGGAUGUUUUGGCUGCAACUCUCAUCAUCCCUGAGUGACUCAAGGAAAUGCAUAUAUCUUAUAAUGUGAUCCCUGAUAACUGUACUCAAAAGGAAUAACAACUAGGACUGAAGAUGUACCUUUUUUGUGCCGCCCCCCGCCCACAAAAUAGUGAUGUUGGCAGUGUUGUAGUUCAGCUAUUGUGAGCUAUUAAGUGGCAAACGUACUUUGUACUUGGUCUCAAUGCAAUAUUUCCAACCAGUCAUGAAUAUGUUCACAAAUCCAGCUUAUUUAAGUUGCUUCCUUAGGUUACUGUGAUAGUGGCACAAUUUCAGUUCAGCUCAAGAUAAUUAUUUUUGGUGAGUCACCAAAAAGUGUAGUGGAAUAAAUGUUGCUAUUGGGGAACAUUCAUGGUUUUUUAUCCUUCUAUUGCAGUUCAAGAUGGUGAUCACUCAAGUUCUUCUGGCAAACUUUGUCACUGCCCUACUUGUAGACAGAAUCCUACAGUUUCUUCUUGGCAGCACAAAGCUCAGAGUGCCUUCUUGA